CAGGAUGGGGAGAGGAUGCGUUCAUGCAACAGUCACGCAAGUCUUCGGGUUUCACCCCCAUGUAAUUUUUUCUACUCAAAUUUCAUCAGGACUACUUGUUUCUACUCCCUAAUCACUGCGAUCAUCAGAACUGUAUCACUAGUGUUGUGGCUGUGGUCGAUCGUGAUUACAUGUACGACAUGCGUGAACACAUGUGACGUACAUCAGGAAUAUGAUACGGAUGAAUCAGAUCAUCACAAAGAUAUUAACCUUAUCAGCAAAGUGGUCUUGUGGCGUAUUUGUGGACGGAAAAUGAUGAGAGCUGUAGUCCUCCUUUUUGUUUGUGUUUUGGCUGUGGUUAGAGGACUGCCGACAAAAAAUGAUGAAAGAUCAGCUCUAAUUCAAGAGCAAGCCGAUGAAAACUACAAGCACCACCAGGAAGUCCUCAGCAAUAAAGAUUACAGUUCAUCAUCGUUACUGGAUAGCAAAGGCGGUUACAACAGCGACGGCAGUUUCGGAGUAACCUUCGACAACAAAGACAAAGAGCAUAGAGAUCGUGGUUAUGGUUAUGAAAAAGCUUAUGCUUAUUCCCGUGAAACUGCUUUCAUCGAUUUCUAUGAUGACAAGGGUGCUUUAAAUGCUCGCGACAUCGUCGAGAAGUAUGGUAAAGAAGAUGAAGAAAAAAGUGAAGAUCUCAUUGCAAAUAUUUCUCACUAAACAUUUUUAUUUCGUGAUUAAAUCCUUUGUUCCUUUUGAGAACAACUGUAUGAAAGAUGUUAUGAAGAUUUAUCAUAUAAUUAACAUAUUUGACUGAAGUGUUCUAUUGCGGGAAAAUGCAACUGCUCCUGGAAGUACCAAAACAUUUUCUAACAGCAAAAGCUUCAUUUUUCAAAGAAAAAUACUUUUUUUUCUUCUCUCUCUAAAAGACCGCUAUAAAUAAAAUCAUAAACUAAAACUUCCCCUUUUCUCUAAGCCAUUAAUAAUCAGCGUUUUUAAUUCUAUCAUAAAUUUAAUUGCUGACAGGCUUUCGAAAUAACGCUGAUAUUUCACUAAUAUUUUAAAGACUCGUUUAAACACUCUUUAUACUUUUCUAAAUUGGGAAGAAAUUUUGAAUACGCAUCAAAAAGAACUUUGCUUCAUUUUUAAUUAAAUUGCUGAAUUUAAUUUUGGCUCUCACGAAUUUAUUUACUUUUAAUGCAAUUACCUUUAAAGACUUCGAAUUUUAAGACUUUUUGAAGUAACAUUUGUCUUACUGUUAAAUAUCUAAAUCCAGGCUACCACUAUCACCAAUGCAUUAAAAGUAGUAAACUGUAUCACCAACUGGUGAUCCAAUAUUGGUGAUUACUCUAUCGCCAAUGCAUUAAAAGUAUUAAAGCAUAAGAGAUGAGUUGUCAAAUGUUCAACUUUCAUAUUAGAGAAUGAUAUGUAGUUUGAACCAAGACAAGCGAUCAGAACUGUGAUAUAGUUCCCAUGUAAAUUGUUAUGCUUUCUUUAAAUGGUAUACCACAUGCUGUAAAAUUUUCAAUCAAUCAUUGUCUUCUCGAUAUCAUGUUCAUUAUUCAUUGUAUUUAUUUUAAUCAAAUAAAUGUUUCAUAAAAUGAAA